AUGUUUUCCUCCAUUCUGUUCUCGCUCACUGUGCUCCUCCCGGCUUUGGUUCGCGCUGUGACACCCGAUUUCGAGCCCUGCCAUCAUGGCGAGUGUAGCUGGGAUCUUUCCUCCGACGCAGGCUCUGUCGUCUUUCAUGCUACCGGGUCGUACUCGAGCAUCUCCGACCUCACCGAGGCAUCGGGAUGGGUCGUGCUCGACUGCGACACCAACGCGAAGGACCAGGACAUCCGUGUUGCGUGUGGAGAUCCGGAGCGGUAUUGCGAUCACGUCUUCGAGAACGGGGUGGAGAACACACUUGUACGGCUUCCGCAGGGAUGUGGGUCUACACCUUUUGCGGUUGCUGUAAGAGGCUGGGACCAUGAGAACCAGACUGUUCCUGAGAGUAUGCGAUCCAAACUCGCGCCUAGGGAUGGGUCGAUGCCUGUCGUGAAGGGCAUCAGCUUGAGCGCCAACCUCUCGAGCAUAGACAUAUCGCAACAUGGUGACAUUACGUUCUUCGUUCAAGCGUCGUCGAUCGCAGGCAUCGCCCAUCAGCUCCACCACUCCCCUUCUUCGACGCGCUCCCUUUCCAAGCGGAUGUGGUCUCGGCGCGCUAUCGCGCGUCUCGACGAACUCCACGCCGCGCCUGACCUCGCCUCGGAACGAGUCUCGCUCAAGAGAGGCUUCGCAUCGAUCAACUCGACGAACAGCUCCUCUGGGCAGUUCAGCUACACCUCCCCCGGGGUCUCGAUCUUCAACACGUCCUUGUCCUGUCCGCAAGAAGCGUUCGUCCCGGCGUUCGACGGGGAGGUCAACGUGGCGCUCACCGGGUCAGUCAGCGGGGACUUCAACUACGGCUAUGUGCUCGUGGCGUCGCCCUCGACGCUUCUCUCCGGACAUACGAUACUCUCGUUCUCGCUCGUCGCUGAUUCGACCAUCUCCGCGACGAUGGCGAUCGAUAGUUCGCUUUCGGCCUCGUGGACCGCCGAAGCGACGGUGUUCACCUUUCCUAUCGAGCCUGCAUUGGGAGUGCCCGACCUGAUCGUCGUGGGUCCUAUCUUCGAGGUCGACGUUCAAGCGGACGCCGAGAUCGACGCUGAGAUCCACAUGAGCGUCGACUUCGCAUACAACGUCAAGAACGCACACUUCGUUCUCGGGGAUGCGGUCAGCAGUGUGUCGGACAGUGGAGACGGAAACGGCACUUUUGCGCCUGCAGACACCAAUUUGAGGCUCGCCGCGGGAGCCGCGCCUUCAGUGAGCUUGACGUUGAGCGCCCACCUCAUUCCAUCCAUCGACUUCGGCAUCGUGAUCGGGUCUGGUCUUGAGACCACCAAGGCGACAGUGGGAAUCGCGCUCGACGCCUCCGUCAGUAUGGGGAUGAACCUCACCACGACGACGGACACGACCCUCGACGCGUCGGGGCUGCAGCCGGUCACGACCACGAGCUACGGCGGAUGCUUCAGCGUCGACGCCGGACUGUCUGUUCCUCUCACCGCGGAGGCGGACCUCAUCGAACUGCUCGAAGCAGACCACUCGUUGUCCCUGUUCGAGAAGAACUGGACGUUGUAUGAGCGGUGCUUCGGAAACUCCUCGAAUAGCGCGGCGGAGAAACGGAGCAUACUCAACCCUCUCAGAGACGUGAUGGGGGAGCGGGAGCGCACGGUGGUUGCGGCGAAGACCCCCAGCCAAAAUACGAUAUCGGGGUCGAGCAUCGCCCAGCAUGUCCUCGGCGUUUGA